UAUGUUUCAGUGUUAAACCGCGACUCAAAGCGUUAAAACGUUUGAAAGAGAUUAAAUCGGAGCACGAGUGAAGAAAUAAAACUGUUUUUAUAUAUGAGUUUUCGGAAAUUCCAAUAACAGUUAUAAAUCAUUUCUUGCAGUCUCUAUUUCCUGUUAAUAAAAAAUAGUUGUGUUUACAUUCGCAGUUUGAACUACUUGAAUAGUUUGAGAAAAAUGACUUGUUAACAAUGCUAAAAAUUUCAAAUGUGAAUACGGUUUACAACAGUUUCUCAAAAUCGAUUUAACAAUAAUUACAACAUAAAAAGAACUCUUCAAGAAGUUUUACUGCAUACAUAUUAAAAAUGAGAAUAUUUUUGGGUAUAUUUAUGCUCUUUUUGCUGAUACAACUGGGUCAGACACUAUCAUUAGAUUCAGCCUCAUCAAAUGAGUUAGAGCAAUUCAUAAAAGAUGAUUUUGUCGUUAGCAUGCGUCAUAUCAGACCUCGACGAAAAUUUCAAAUAGCUGUUGAAGCUUUAUUCAUGAUUGAUUUCCCGUCUUUGAAACACAAAUUCUCUUUCUUUCUGGAUCGUAAACAAAUGAGAAUUACUUUGGACGUUGCAUCAAAUUCAAUUAUUCAUUCAAAACAUUUCAGUGUUCUUAAUAUAAAUGAAACAUCAAUAAUACGUUCACUUGCAUUUCAUUUUCACGAAAAUACUGUUACCCUGUAUGUUGAUUGUAAUGAGUCUGCAAAAGUUGAAAUCGACGUUGCCCUGAAUAAAUUGUACCUACAAAUGGAAGAACCAAUUCUCAAACUUUUCCGUGAACGUAAAUAUCCUUUGCACUUUGACACGUCCAUUCAGUCCGCAUUUAACCGUGCCAAUUGUCAAAAAGGCACACAUAAACAUAAUGGAAAGCGUUAUAAUCGGAACAAACAAAUUGACAGAGAAAAAAAUAAGAAACGUGAUAUUCGAAAUUGGUAUCAGUCUGCAAAUGAUCGAUUCAAUGAAGCAAUUGAAGAAAAACCUCGUGACACACUUCGGCGUGGGGAUAUACCGAUUUUGCAUGGUGAUUGUGAUGAUAUUAUGUCAAAAGCAAUUCAAGAUCUAUUACAAUUAGUAAAAUUGUUGAGAGAAGAAGUUGCGCAUCAAAAUCAAGAAAUCAGUCAUUUGCGUCGUCUAAUCGAAAACUGUGCUGGCUGCCAAGAAUCCGCACCAAUAGUCAAAGAAAAUUGCGACACGUUUAAUCCUUGCUAUGAUGGUGUUCAGUGCUAUGAUGCAUCAAAUGGUAUAAGAUGUGGACGCUGUCCAACAGGAAUGAUAGGCGACGGAAAAAAUUGCAAGCAAGGUGUAACAUGUUCUGAUCACCCAUGUUUCCCGAAUGUUGAAUGCUACGAUACUCUUGAAGGCGCUCAAUGUGCUUCCUGCCCAAUGGGCUGGACAGGAGACGGAAGAGAAUGCGUUCAAAUAAAUGCUUGCCAAAGUGACCCUUGUCCAUCAAACGCCGAAUGUUCUUCAAUGUCAUCAUCACCUUAUUAUAGAUGUGUCUCAUGCCCCACUGGUUUUAUACUAAAUAGUAAUCGAACAUUUUGUGAAGAUAUAGAUGAGUGUGCACAACAUAAUCCUUGUGAUACAUUGACACAUUCUUUUUGUGAAAACACUGUGGGCUCAUUUGCGUGUCAAUGUACUGAAGGAUACAUUCAAAACAUCAGUUCGGGUUGUUAUGCAAUGCCAAAUGUUUGUCCUGACGGAACCAUUUGCGAUAAGAAUGCCAUUUGUCAACAUACAUAUAUUGGGCUUGCACGUUUUCAAUGUGUUUGUAAAAUUGGAUUUGGUGGCGAUGGAAUGCACUGUGCGCCAGACAGUGAUUUAGAUGGGUGGCCAGAUCAUACAUUGAAUUGUACGGAUGUUAGUUUACAUUGUAAAGAAGAUAAUUGUAUUUUUAUUCCAAAUUCGGGACAAGAAGAUGCUGAUAACGAUGGCAUAGGUGAUAGCUGUGACCCUGAUGCUGACAAUGACGGUAUUUUGAACGACAUCGACAAUUGUCCAUUAAUUUACAACGUGGAUCAGCUUGACUCCGAACCAGAUGGUGGAGAUAGACAUGGCGAUGCAUGUGAUAAUUGUAAAUAUAAAAUCAAUUAUGACCAAGCCGAUAUAGACAACGAUGGAAUAGGUGAUUUAUGUGACUCUGAUGCAGACAAUGACGGUAUUUUGAAUGAAGAUGACAAUUGCCCCUUCCAUUCAAACCCCGAUCAGUCUGAUUUGGACAACGAUGGUAUAGGAGACAAAUGCGAUAAUUGCAUCACAUCACCGAAUCCAUUACAACAGGAUCUGGAUAGUGACUUGGUUGGGGAUUCGUGUGACAAUAAUUUGGAUUUAGAUAGAGAUGGGAUUCAAUAUGGAAUAGAUAAUUGCCCAAAAAUUCCCAAUUCCGAUCAGCUUGAUACAGAUGGCGAUGGAAGAGGCGACGAGUGUGACGAGGAUAAGGAUAAUGACGGUGUAAUAAACGAAUUCGAUAACUGCCCGAUCGUUUUUAAUCCAGAUCAAAUAGAUUUGAAUCAAAACGGUAUUGGCGAUAAAUGCGAAGAUGACUAUGAUUUAGAUUUGGUUCCCAAUGCUCUUGACAAUUGUCCAAACAAUUCGAAGAUUUUUUCAACAGACUUCCGAACGUAUCAGACAAUUGCCUUAGAUCCAGUAGGGGACUCGCAAAUCGAUCCCAAAUGGUUGAUUUAUAACCGAGGCGCUGAAAUAGUUCAAACGGAAAAUAGUGAUCCAGGUCUGGCUAUUGGAUAUGAUGCAUUUGGUGGUGUUGACUUCGAAGGAACGUUUUUCGUCGAUACAGAAAUUGACGAUGAUUAUGUGGGAUUCGUAUUUAGUUAUCAAAGUAAUAGUAAAUUUUAUUCGGUUAUGUGGAAAAAAAAUACACAGACUUACUGGCAAGCAACACCAUUUCGUGCAUCAGCGGAUCCAGGUAUUCAAUUGAAGUUAAUUAACAGUAAUACAGGACCUGGUCAAAUGCUGAGAAAUAGUUUAUGGCAUUCCGGUGACACCAAAGAUCAAGUUAAAAUGUUAUGGAAAGAUUCAAGUAAUCUGGGUUGGAGAGAAAAAACAGCUUAUAGAUGGUUACUAUUACAUCGCCCAAAAAUUGGAUUGAUAAGAUUAAGAAUUUUCGAAGGUGAACAUAUGGUCGCAGACUCGGGUAACGUCUUUGAUUCAACGUUGAAAGGCGGAAGAUUGGGAGUUUUUUGUUUCUCGCAAGAGAUGAUAAUUUGGUCAGAUCUUGUUUAUCGCUGCAAUGAUCAUGUUCCGCAAACUAUUUAUAAUGAAAUUCCAUUGCAACUCCGUUCAGAAGUUGAAAUCGAUACGAGGAUAUAGACAUUAGGUUUGCCAUGCACCAAAAAUGUAAGGGAACUUUUCUUUAGUAGUGACUCUUUGGAUAAACCGGGAUUUAUUUUGAAAUA